UAUUUAUCGUAAACGUGGCAUUUCAUGAUACAUAACUACGAUGGCCCUUGCACGGUGAAGUUACUGGAAGGCAAUUUAUAAAUUAGACUUUACUUUCAAACUAAGUUCCUUGAUAUUUUCUGAUAUUUUCAGGCUGUAUUUGUCAUCAUCUCUUCAAGGAGAGACUCUCAGGAGCAGAUGCAAAGAUGACUGUCGAGUACAAAUCCUUUACAGUGACAAACAUGGAUGUCAGUGACAGUAAAACCAGCUACAAGCAACUUUUAGAGGAUGGCAUGCCCAACCUUCGGUUGUCAGCUUACGCGUUGAGGAACAACCCUCUCAAGGUUGCAACAGUUUGCCUCGGACUGCUGUGUGUUGUCCUUCUGGUUGGGAUCAUAGGUCAGAGUGUCCACUACAAAAAAGUGGAACAAGACCAUCAGAACAAAAUAACAGACAUGAAUAAAGAGAAAGACAACGUACAGGAGAACCUGAGGACGGUGCAAAAAGAGAAAAGGAAUCUUGAAGCCAACCGUAAUCAGUUACAGCAAAGUUUAAACUUCUUAGCAAAAAGGAAAGAUCAAAUACAGACCAAUAACAAUUUACUGAUCGAGGAAAAAAAGAAACUUAAACAAGAUCAAAGCCAGUUACAGACCACUAAUGCUGCUUUAAGCAAAGAGUUAGAGCAGCAAAAGGCAAGUAAAGUCCAGUUACAGACUAACAACGAUGCCUUGACUAAAGCCAGAGACAUGUUUAAACAACAACACGAUACAGUGCUUAACAGCAAAAAUGAGAUACAGGGCCUUUAUACCUCAGUGAUCAAAGAAAGGGACAAUUUACAGAACAAAUUCAAUAAUGCAACCAGAUCAAGAGAGCAGCUGCAAUUGAGUUACAAUGCUCUGAUUAAGAAUGUAGAGCAUUUACAGGACAGAUACAACUUCUCUUCCGGUGAGAAAGACAAGCUUGCAAGCAGACACCAAAACCUAACGAUGGAAAAAGACACUCUCCAGGCUACUUACAACUUACUUGUAAAUGCCACAGAUGUGUUGCAGGCUUCUUACAAUUCCUUGAUACAAGAGAAAAAAGAGCUCGAAAGCAGCUGCAAAAAUGUAACUGAGGAGCGAGACCUGCUGAAAAUGAAAAACAACAAUUUGACUGCUGAGAGAGACCAGCUGCAGAGGGAAGUUGAGAGACUGAACACAACGAUUCAAGAUAAGAAGUGUCCCAAUGGCUGGAGGAAGUUUGAGUUAAGCUGCUACUUCACUUCCAUUGAAAAGAAAACCUGGAGCCAGAGCAGAGAGUACUGUAAAAGCAAAGGAGCAGAUCUGGCAAUCAUAAAGAGCCAAGCAGAAAUGACCUUCAUCAAUAGCUUGUAUGGAAGUGAGAAAGAAGUUUGGAUUGGACUGACUGAUGAAGGAGUAGAAGGGCAGUGGAAAUGGGUGGACGGGACCCCACUGACCACAACGUUUUGGGGUUCAGGCCAGCCCAACAGCUAUAAUGGAAGAGACCAGGACUGUGUGGAGUUCUGGCACAGGGCAACAAAACAGGGCGACUGGAAUGAUGAGAACUGUAACAUCGCACAAAAUUGGAUCUGUGAGAUAUAGGUUUGAUAACAGUUAAAAACAUAGGUUUUUGUUACAAGGAAUGUACUGACAAAUUGAAUUUAGCAGGCAGUCCAGCUUACGCUGGUGCAGAUACAGGCUAAUGUAGGUUGAUAGCAGCAAACCAUCCUGGUAAACAACCAUGAUUGUUUCAAAGGAAACUGAGAUUUCCAUUGAUAUGUGUACAUACUGUUGAGACAAUUAUGCUAGUACUAUGGCUGCUUUCUGCCUCAGAUUAUUAGAUAUCCACUAAUUGGCAUUUUUAAAGAAUGACAACUGAUUAAUAUACAGUGUACCUAUACGUAAAAAGACAUUCCCUGAUUAUAUCAAACUAACUUGCUACUGUGAUUGGUUGAUUAACAAAUGAAUACAUUUUCAAAGUUGUUAGUUGUGAGUUGUACUUGCUAUAGGUUCCUGUUAAGUGAUGGUGAGACUGGAUGGAGCUUGAUUUAAAAUGUGUCCUCUAACCAGUAGGUCAUUUUUUUCCUGCUUUUACAGUGGUAAAAAUCACUCAACAACUUGAGAGAAGUUCACACAGUGAAAGAUAGAAUUGUUAAUUUACUGCUGAUGGCUAUUUUGUACUCAGUUAUCGUUGCUUGUCAUUUAACUAAGAGGGUAAUACUGCACACCAAUAGUGUCUCACACUGAUUUAUGUUGACACCAGCAAUAAUUAUACUGCAUUAUUUUUGUAACAUUAAUAAUCAUUCAAUUUAUGCUUUUACUACUGAAAUGUAUGGGUCAAAAUACUGUAUAUAAAUAUUGUGCUCUGCUCACAAUUCGAUGAAAUGUAUUAUUUCUUAUUUUAUAUUCUUAUAAAGACGUUUUAGAUAUUCAUUCAUGUACAUGCAUAUAAUGAAUUAAUUACAAAUUGUUCAUCUUGUACAACUAAUGUAAUGACUCACAUUCAUAGAUUUCAUCUAUAUGUCUAUAUGUGUAUAUGUGUCAUCUAUAUGUGUAUAUGUGUAUAUGUACCUUGAACACCUGCAUGAAGCCAUGAAUAUUAGAACAA